GGGUGCCUUGGCCUUUGGACGAGCUGCAGGGCUCCCUCCCGCCCCAGCGGGCAGGGAGCAGUGGAUGAUCCCGAGGGAAGGCUGCCAAGGACUGCCUCCCAUGCCCAGCUGUGCUGGUUCCCUGUUGUGCCUCCUCACACAUGUCUUUCUCUCUCCAGAUUUGGCCGCAUCGGCCGCCUGGUCACCCGUGCUGCCGUCCUCUCUGGCAAAGUCCAAGUGGUGGCCAUCAACGAUCCCUUCAUUGAUCUGAACUACAUGGUUUACAUGUUCAAAUAUGACUCCACUCAUGGCCACUUCCGGGGCACUGUCAAGGCUGAGAACGGGAAACUUGUGAUUAAUGGGAAUGCUAUCACCAUCUUCCAGGAGCGUGACCCCAGCAACAUCAAGUGGGCAGAUGCUGGUGCUGAAUAUGUUGUGGAAUCCACUGGUGUCUUCACCACCAUGGAGAAGGCUGGGGCUCACCUGAAGGGUGGUGCCAAGCGUGUGAUCAUCUCUGCCCCCUCUGCUGAUGCUCCCAUGUUUGUGAUGGGUGUCAACCAUGAGAAGUAUGACAAGUCUCUGAAAAUUGUCAGCAAUGCUUCCUGCACUACUAACUGCCUGGCGCCCUUGGCCAAGGUCAUCCAUGACAACUUUGGCAUCGUGGAGGGUCUCAUGACCACUGUCCAUGCCAUCACAGCCACACAGAAGACAGUGGAUGGGCCCUCUGGGAAGCUCUGGAGGGAUGGCAGAGGUGCUGCUCAGAACAUUAUUCCAGCAUCUACUGGAGCUGCUAAGGCUGUGGGAAAAGUCAUUCCUGAGCUCAAUGGGAAACUUACUGGAAUGGCUUUCCGUGUGCCAACCCCUAAUGUCUCUGUUGUGGACCUGACCUGCCGUCUGGAAAAACCAGCCAAGUACGAUGACAUCAAGAGGGUAGUGAAGGCUGCUGCUGAUGGGCCCCUGAAGGGCAUCCUGGCAUACACAGAGGACCAGGUUGUCUCUUGUGAUUUCAAUGGUGACAGCCAUUCCUCCACCUUUGAUGCGGGUGCUGGCAUUGCACUGAACGACCAUUUUGUCAAGCUGGUUUCCUGGUACGAUAACGAAUAUGGAUACAGCAACCGUGUUGUGGACUUGAUGGUCCACAUGGCAUCCAAGGAGUAAGCUGAGCACACAGGCCCCCCUGCUGCCUAGGGAAGCAGGACUCUCCUUUGUUGGAGCCCCUGCCCUUGUUCACCACCGCUUAGCUCUGCAUCCUGCAGUGAGAGGCCAGUUCUGUUCCCUUGUCUCCCCCACUCCUCCAACUUCUCCCCGAGCCUGGGGGAGGUGGAGAGGCUGAUAGAAACUGAUCUGUUUGUGUACCACCUUACAUCAAUAAAAGUGAUCACCAUCUGAAAA